AUGGAGCUGUCGAGAGAGGAUAAGGAAGUAUGUUUUCGCGGCCCUCUCACUGUGCCCAUACCACACUCACGCCAACCGCGAGCAUUAGAGCCUGAGAGGCAUGUCGGGGUCGGGCGAGAUGGCGCCGGCAGCCCGCCAGAGCCGCCGCCGGCGCGUCAUCAUCUGUGCCAGCUUCGCCGUGCUCAUCCUGCUCCUCCUGGCUGCCGUGGCCGCCAUCGUCCUGCUGGCGGUCCUCCGCCCGCGGGACCCGACUACGGAGCUCCUGUCCGCGAACGCCACCGCACCGGCGCCGCCCCGCGCGUGACGUUCCCCACCGUCUCCGUCCAGCUCAAUGUCACCUUCCUCCUCGUGGUGCGCGUGCGCAACCCGAACCCGGCCUCGUUCCGGUACAGCGAGGCCGCCACGACGCUCCUCUACCGGGGCGCCCCCGUGGGCAGCGCCGUCGUCCCUGCCGGCACCGUGCCGAGCCGCGGCACAACGACCAUGCGGCUGGGCAUGACGGUGCAGGCCGACAAGGUGGUUGAGGCGGCCGGGAUCGGGGGGCUGCUCGGCGACGUGCUCGCCGGGGAGAUGGAGUUCGAGGCGAGGACGGACGUGAAGGGCCGGGUGACGUUCCUCGGGUUCGUGAAGCGGAACGCCCAGGGGAGGUCGGCGUGCCGCAUCGCCAUCGGCGUCCCCGACGUCAAGGUCCGGCGGCAGGAGUGCCACAACGAGGCCAGGCUGUGAGCGCAGCGCGGUUCGUACGAGCGUACGCGUGCCGUAUAAUACGCGCGUCAUGUAGUUUUUUUUUGCGAAUAUCGCGCGUCAUGUAGUUGUACUCGUGUGGAGUGGAGUCGUGUGGUGCAACCCGUGUGCUUCCGUGCGAGUGACUCCCGAUUUGUAGAUGCACGACAUUCGCGCGGUCUGUAUGGGCUUGUGUUUAUAUACUACUCCAC